UUCUGUCUCAAGCAAGCAACAGAGCAAGAAAUAAACGGUGAAAGCCCAAAGAGUGAGCUAGAAAAUUAUCUCCUGUUCUGUAGUCAGGGAGAGCAGAAGGGGCAAAGGGCGUGGAUUACGCCACUUCCGCUCUCCAUUUCGCGGUGCGGAGACGGUCGGGGUGCGGUGAGUUGCCGCUGCCGGUGCCACUAUGACGGACCGUUACACCAUCCACAGCCAGCUGGAGCAUCUGCAGUCCAAGUACAUCGGGACGGGCCAUGCCGACACCACGAAGUGGGAGUGGCUGGUGAACCAGCACCGGGACUCUUACUGCUCCUACAUGGGCCACUUCGACCUGCUCAACUACUUCGCCAUCGCCGAGAACGAGAGUAAGGCGCGCGUGCGCUUCAACCUCAUGGAGAAGAUGCUGCAGCCCUGCGGGCCGCCGGCCGACAAGCCCGACGAGUCCUAGCGCGCCCCGCCGGGCUCCCCGCCCCGGGGGCGGCCACCGCCCGGCCUCGGCAGGAGGGGAGCGGGGUCGGCGGGGCCCCGAGGCGCCGCGCGGAGGGCGCGCGUUGGCCGGGCGGGGAGCAGACGCUUCCCUCCUCGCGCCGCGGGACUCCGCUCAGAUCUCCUGCCUGUGGCCUGCGAGAACGGCACCGCUGAGCGGCGAUUGCGCCCAAGGAGAGAGACCGCAGGAGCUGCCCUUGCCACCACCUCUCCGCGCCACGGUGAACACACGCACCUCCCGAGUUUCCGUGCGGCCAGUCCUUUUAUUUUCUUCUGAGGUAACGUCAAGCGACCAUCAUAGGGAGCAGUUUUGUAAAAUACCUGCUUUUGGACAAUUUCAUUUUUCUUAAUUGUUUAACUGUUCAGCUUUUUUUAAAGAUGGAAAAUAAAACUUACUGGGCAUUUCUAAUGUUUCAUCUGGUAAUCUGCUAGUUAUAGUUAGACCUCUUGUUUGAAAAGGAAUAUAGUUAUUAAUGUAUUAAAUAUUUCCAUGCAACCCUCCUAUAUAACCCUAUAUUCUAAAGGCAGCAUUUUCCUGAGCCUGGUUGGCCGAUGCUUACCGCAAUUUAUGUUUUGGGGAGAGUUGAGGGAAGCUUGUUGAUGCUGAAAAGGCUUGACUUGUAAUUAGCAUUUAUUGUGUAGAGUGAUUUGUGGCACAAUAUAAGUUGAUCGUCCUAAAAUUCCAAAA